AUGCUCGACGACGACACAGUGUGGACUCCCCUUAAGUCUCCCUAUACUGGCCCACAUAAAAUUAUUAAACGCACUGACCAGACAUUAGACAUUGAGGUCAAAGGCAACCUAGUCACUGUAUCACUUCACCGGGUAAAAACAGCGUACGUGGAGCCGACAUCCCCGCACCCUCCUGUCAAGGACGCAUAUUUCUCUAAUCACAUUCACAGCUCACAAUCGAGCUCCCUUAUUUCGCCUCCACUUGCUCCCACUUCUAGGCCCCCUGCAACUUGCAGCACUCCCAGCUCACCUUUCCGAGGUUUCUCGCCCCGACCUUCACUGUCCAAUUUGUCCCGAGCCGAGUCCAGUGACAUCAACAGCUCUCCAUCAAGCUCUUUAGCCCCCUCUCAGACCUCUCUCCACAUGCCGGGAACAUCAAGGUACUCCCAACGAAGCACAUAUUAUCCCCACACUCCCGUGCCCCCCUCGCCAGGUCGGCACAAACCCCUGACCCCUCCCGAAUCCCCAUUUCGAGGUUUCUCAGCACCCCUACCCAGAACUGACCAGGACCUUCGACCAGAGACCUGCAUGAUUGAACUGCGGGUAGACAUUUCCCCGGAGGACAUCACGAACCUCUCUAUCACCAUCCGAGGUGAUUCUGCUUACAUACUGUUGGUAAAACCGAGUGUGUCACCCCCUACUUCUACACCAGCCACGUCAGUAGUAUGA